AUGAAUCCAUCAUUGAUAUUUGAUAGAAGUGCAUUGUUUGAACAGGCCCGACAAAACGUUAGGGAACGUGGAUAUGUUUUCAAAAAAGGCUUUUCAAGGAGCAAACAUAAUCAAACAGAACCUCCCAGUUCAAAACCAAAGAAUACUUUAUCUGAUGAUAGAAAAACCAGAAUUCUUAAGAUCACAGAACAACUUCAAGUAAUAAAUGACCAAAUCGUGGUUAAAGAGAAGCGCAAAUUGAAAGCAGAGCAAGUGAAAGAUUAUCAAUUGUGUGAUAGAUUGUUAAAUGAAAAGAAACAGCUUUUAUCUGAAAAGCAAAAUCUGGAGUCUGAAAUGAAAUUAUUACAACGUAAAGAGCACAAAUCAGCUUGGUAUUAUUCUAAAAAAACAAAAGUCAAUUCAACAACUGACCUUAAGAAGCCAAACAAUAGAAUUAAGGGUCAAACAUCUUUGCAUUCCUUUUGCACAUCUUCAAUAUCACAGGAACAUAUGAGCCUCCCACAGCAAAUUGAUCUAGAUAAUUACCCUGAGCAAAGCCCGUCCUUAAAUGUCAAUAUAAACCAAGCACAUUCUAUCAAUGCUGAUUUUCAAAAAAGUGUUCCUUGCCCACAGAAAAAUUCAUCUGUGAGAGACAUCACUAAUUCUCAGAAUUUCUCAUUUGUCAACGUGGCUAGUUGCCCACACCCAACACCAUCACAGCAUAGUCAACCACCUAUCAAUGACCAACCACAGCAAAGCAUACCUAUAAUAGCUAAUAAUUGCUUGAAACAAAAUCCAUUUGCCCAUACCAGUCACCCACAACAGCAAAAUAUAUCUUUCAUUGCUGAUAAUAUUUCACAACCAAAUUCAUCUGUCACAAUAAAUAUUAACCCACAGCAAGGUCUGCCUGUCCAAAAGAAUAGUCACACACGACAAACUUUAUCAUUCAGUGAUGGCGAUUGCAAUAGAGUUAAUGAUGAAAGUAAACCUAUUGGUGAAAUGUCGAGCAAGGAUUUUUAA